AGUCGACGUAACUACGUCCGGAAGACCUUUACAUGGGACCAAGAAACCCAAUAUCUAGUCGCUGCGCCAAAGAUGGAGGACGGACAGAAACGUAUCGUGGUUACUGAAGAUAUGAUUGCAGAUAUAGUCGAACACGUGCAUGAAAAUAACGGGCCAUGCUGGAUGGGAUUACACAGAGGGAUCAGCAAAUCAUACUACGGUAUCUUCAGAUCGGGUAUUAUAUACCUCCUUAGGCAAUGGCAAAUAUGUGCAUAUAAUCAAUCUAAACGACCCAAGAACUCUCAUCCUGUGCCGGCAGGUUUUCAAUCGGUCAACGACGAGUUCAUCGACUUCCUACAUCAUGACGAUUCACUAUUCGGCAGCUCUACGUGA